UAGCGGCCGUCAGUACUUGUUUAACCGUUGCCGCGUUAGCAGGUGCGGUUACUUUCUACUUCGCUGACCUCGCGAUCGUCAGCGUCCCUCCCGUGUUUCUCUCGUAUUGUCCGACAUCCGACGACGAUUUCGGCAACGAUCCGGUGACGAUAGGCCGAUCGACGAUUUUUUCGCAGCGGAGGAAGGUGCCUUUUCUCUCCCGGCCAGGUCUUUCUACUUGAAACAUGGAUUGGCAGUGGCUUGGUAUUCUACUUCUAUCAGGAAUAAUAUCAAAUGUAAUAGCCGCGGAACCGUAUUACACGAUUAUUGCGCCAAACGUGGUACGCCCUAAUUCAGAAUAUCAUGUUGCGGCGAGUAUCACCGGCAUAUCAACACCAUCAACGAUACGUAUCGAGUUGACUGGAGAACUUGAUACAGGAAAAAUAUUCAACAUUUCUCGCAUUGUAGUCGUCGAACCUUAUUCCACUAAGAUCUUAGAAUUAGACAUUGGUGAGAUCACGUCGGGGAAAUACAAACUCACAGCGCGUGGCUUGGCGGGUAUAAAUUUCGAAAAGUCAAAAGACAUCGAUUAUAUACAUAAAAGUUAUUCCGUCUUUAUCCAGACUGAUCGGGCGAUUUAUAAGCCCGGUCACAAAGUUUUGUUCCGCUGCAUAGUAUUGGACUCGAGGCUAAGACCAAGUAUCGUGGGGCCGACGGAUAUUUAUAUAAUUGAUGGCGACGGUAACCGUAUCAAACAAUGGAUUCGGCCAUCGGUAGUUCACGGGAUCGUUAGCAGCGAAUUGGAGCUAUCAGAGUCGCCAGUGUUGGGUAACUGGAAGAUCAUUGCCAAUGUGGGUGAUCAAACUUUUGAAAAGGCGUUCGAAGUCGCAGAGUAUGUCCUACCGAAUUUUGAGGUGACAAUUGAUUCGCCGAAACAUUCAACAUUCAAAGAAUCAAAAGUGACAGUAACUAUUUAUGCAAAGUAUACGUACGGAAAACCAGUGAAAGGUGAAGCUACAAUAACAGCUUAUCCGGACAUCUUUUCUGGUGUUAUCCAACCGAUAUUCCAGCAACCCGUGAGAAAAGUUGUGCCGAUUGACGGAAAAGUUGUAAUUGAUUUUGAUAUUAAGUCUGAAUUGAGGUUAACCGAUGAAUAUGACAGACCCAUCAUGAUUGACGCUGUGGUGGAAGAAACUUUAACUAGUAGAAGACAAAAUACUUCGAUGCAAAUAACGCUACACAAACACAAGUACACAAUGGAAUUGAUAAAAACUUCGAAGUACUUCAAGCCGGGACUAAAAUACACCGCAUUUCUAAAAUUGGCAUAUCACGACGGAUCACCGGUGCAGGACACGAAAAAUCCUGUUCUGAUAGCAUAUGCAUAUACGUACAACCAAUCGGCUUACACACAUAUUACACGUAUGCUAGAUGAACAUGGCAUGGUGCAGCUGGAUUUUUAUCCUCCUAAUGCAAAAGAUGAUAUGUCUUAUCACCUAAACAUAGAGGCACAAUACUUAAAUCUUCACGAAUGGUUCGCUUCGACUAAUCAAGCUAGAUCCUUGAACAAUGAAUACAUCCAAGCGAACCUAAAAACGGAAAAACCUAUGGUAAAUGGUAAGGUUGAAAUCGAGGUGAACUCUACCGCGCCAUUGAAAUACAUAAGUUACGAGGUAUUUAGUCGCGGUGAUAUUCUACAUGCGGAUUCGGUAUACGUGCAAGACAAACAUACGACAUCUUUUGAAUUUUUGGCAACAUACGUCAUGGCACCUACUGCGUUUGUAAUUGUAUAUUACGUGCGAACGGACGGAGAAAUAAUAGCGGAUUCGUUGGCUAUAGAACUAACAGGAACACUGCAGAACUUUGUUGAUGUUAAAAUCACGCCUGGUGAAGUAGAGCCUGGAAAUGACGUUAGUCUUAUGAUUUCCGCGAAACCAGACUCUUAUAUUGGAUUGUUAGGUGUUGAUCAGAGAUCCAUUCUGCUAAAAUCUGGAAAUGAUAUUUCUCAUGAGCAAGUAUACAAAGAGUUGCAGUCGUACGACUGGACAGAUGUCUCACCGUAUGCAGAUUCGUUUUUCGGUCCUCCUCUAUGGAGACCCGGCUCAGGCACAGCGCAUGAUAUAUUUCAGAGAACUGGCGUGGUAAUCCUCACAAACGGGUACGUCCAUGAGCACAUCGAACGUAAGUAUGGAGGAUCCGAAUUUCUGGAUGGUAGAAUAACGGGCUCGCCUCAAGGGGUACCCACGCUUCGACCAGACCUUGGUCCACCUGUUACGCACAGAUUAGCAACAAGACCACCGUUGGCAGGUCCUUACGCCUUCUCUCGCAUCCCACCUCCUGUUUGGAAUAAGCCCCGUGUAUUCCUAAUGCAUGACAUCUUAAACACCUGGUUUUUCGCAAACUUCUCUUCAGGACGUACUGGACAAACCGAAUUGCGACGAAAAGUACCAGAUUCCAUCACGUCAUGGGUGGUGACAGCAUUUUCCUUGAACGAUGCGCAUGGAUUGGGUCUCAUAGAGGAGCCUAGAAAGUUAAAAGUGUUUAGACCAUUCUUUAUAUCUGUGGAUUUACCGUACUCGGUAAUACGAGGGGAAAUUGUAGCGGUACAAAUUGCGGUCUUUAAUUAUAUGAAUAAAGACUUAACAGCUGAAGUUUUGCUAAAGAACGAGGGUCAACAAUUUGACUUUGCAGAAGUUUCUAAUGAAGUUAAUGAUGUAUCACGACUGGAGUUAUAUCGUAUGAAGAAGGUAGAUGUGAAAGCUAACUCUGGCUCUAGUGUAUCGUUCAUGAUUAUUCCAAAAGAAUUGGGAUAUAUCGAUAUAAAAGUGACUGCUAGCAGCGUUAUGGCUGGUGAUAGCGUUGAGCAUAAGUUACUUGUUAAUGCUGAGGGAGAAACACAAUACAGGAACAAAGCAGUAUUUUUGGAUUUAAGGAACGUUGAUCAUGCAGAAACAAAUAUUACUAUUGAUAUACCAAGUAAUGCCGUUCCAGAUUCCGAAAGUAUUCAUAUAUCUGCAGUUGGUGAUAUCCUAGGACCUAGCAUCUCGAAUUUGGCAAAUUUAAUAAGAAUGCCAUUUGGUUGCGGCGAACAGAAUAUGUUAAAUUUUGUACCGAACAUCGUUGUUUUGAACUAUCUUAAGAAUACAAAUCAAUUAACACAAGCUGUGCAAAGUAAAGCAUUGAAGUAUUUGGACAUUGGCUACCAACAAGAAUUGACUUACAGACAUACUGACGGUUCUUUCAGUGCAUUUGGUAUGUCAGAUCCUAAUGGAAGUACAUGGCUUACAGCUUUUGUAGCAAAAUCUUUCAAGCAAGCAGCAGAAUAUAUCACAGUAGAAGACAGGAUAAUAAAUGAAGCUUUGGAAUGGUUGUCAAACAAUCAAGCUACAAACGGCUCCUUCCCCGAAGUGGGAAAAGUGAGUCAUCGCGAUAUGCAAGGCGGAGCUGCGAAGGGACUUGCUCUAACAGCGUAUACACUUAUCAGUUUUCUUGAAAAUCAGGAUUCCACAGGAAAAUAUCGUAAUACAAUAAACAAGGCUGUUGACUACGUAGUUCGUAAUAUGGAGAAGUUAAACGAUACGUAUGCAUUAAGUUUAUGCGCCUACGCUUUGAGUCUAGCAAAGCAUCCGUUCGAGACGUCAGCAUUUAAUUAUCUGGAAUCGAAAGCUAUGACGGAACAAGGUCUUAAAUGGUGGAGCAAACCUGUGCCGAAGGACGACAAAAACCCGCACUAUGCUCUACCGCGUUCCGUCGAUGUCGAGAUGACAUCUUACGCUUUACUCUCAUAUCUCAGGCGUAACUUACUUGCCGACGCAAUUCCAGUAAUGAAAUGGCUCAUCAAGCAAAGAAAUCCAGAAGGCGGCUUUGCUUCGACACAAGAUACUGUAAUCGGACUUCAAGCAUUGGCGAAACUCGCCGAGAAAUUGUCGAGUGACCCAAGUUCGAUCCCUAAUGUUCGGCUCAUGUUCAAACACGAGGAAGGUCAGGGCUACAUGAACAUAAAUAGUGGUAAUUCCAUGAUAUUGCAGAAGCAAAUAUUACCGAAGAAAACGCGCCAAGUCAAUAUAACGGCAUCUGGUAAAGGGUUCACGUUAAUGCAAGUAUCUUAUCAGUAUAACUUGAAUGUAACCGGCGCCUGGCCGUUGUUUACUUUGGAUCCCCAAGUAGAUAAAAAUUCCAAUGCUAAUCAUUUACAGCUCUCCAUAUGCUCAGGAUUUGUUCCAACCAAAGAAGCGAACGAGAGUAAUAUGGCUGUUAUGGAAGUGAACCUACCCUCUGGCUUUACAGUGGAUAGAGAUUCUUUACCAAGUCUAGAAAUAUCGUCACAUGUGAAGCGCGUAGAAACUAAAAAUGGUGACACGAUGGUAGUCUUAUAUUUUGACAAGAUGGUGAAACAAGAAUAUUGCCCCACUGUGUCUGCAUUCAGGGUACAUAAGGUAGCUAAGCAGAAACCAGUUCCUGUUUCUAUAUAUGAUUACUACGAUUCGUCGAGAAGAGCAAGGGUAUUUUAUGAGCCAAGAAGAACAACUUUGUGUGAUUUAUGUGAAGAUGAAGAUUGCGAAGAUAUAUGUGUCUCAAAACCAGGUAAACAAAAAGAUAACGCUACGAUGUCCAUUGCGUCUCGUACUUACGUUUGUGUAUAUUUACAAUUUACCCUUUUAUCGUUUUACUCUUUGCUUUAUAAGUAUAUUUAGCUGUAUGAAUCAAGAGUAAUUAUUUUAUAUUAUAGUAGUAUGUUAUAUAAUCUAACAAGAUGAGACAUAAAAGAAUUGUAUAAAUUGCGACCAAAGUACUUCUUGUGCAAAAUUUAAAAUACUCUGAUUUCUCUUUACGUAGUAUCCACAAAUCAAACUAACAUAAGAUUUAAUUACCUCUGUAAUAUUAAUAUUAAGUUUACAAUAAAAUUUAAUAAUGUUUCUUGUUAAAAUAA